ACACACACACACGACUACUGCUGGCAUAUACGUUUCAAGACUCACUCAGUGGCCACACACUAAUGCUAUUUGCUACACAUACACGACGCGUUGAACAAGGAUAGGAGUAGACCGCGCAUAUCGAGCGGGGACGAGAAAGGGAAUGCGGCGUGUGCGACCAGUCGGAGUUGCCUCUCUCUCGCUAGCCUAGCUCACAUGUGCAGAUUAUUGUAGUGUCAGUUCGCUCAAGCCUGUCGAGCAGGUAACACCAGCACCGCUGACCCGUGUCGUAUCGCCCCAUUCAUGAGUGCUUCCGAUCUGUUUAUUUACAAUUAAACACGGAUUUAAUAAUUGUGAUGUUGAUUGUGCUAAUCGAGUUGACGAGUGCGUUCGAGUAAAAGUGACUAAUACCUCAAAUAUUGUUAUAAAUAGUGGUGCGAAUGAGUUAAAAAUUCAGUGGGAAAGCGUCGACGAGGCGAAUAUCGAUCCUCGAGUGAAACUUUUAUCAUUUAUGUUGAGCAUCGUCUGGGUAUAGGCGCCCGGGAUAGAGGAGCCAGUCGAGGGCCGCGCGCCAAGCCGAUCGACCGAGCAAUCGAUUGAUUUGGCACGCAACUACUACGAUCGAGGCACGUAAAAAUCGUAUCGGUCUUGGAAACGAUGACGAUGGACAUGAGCAUGUACAACGGCUACGCUAGGCCCGACGCAUUCUCCAGUUACGCGUACACGAGCGGUCACCAUCACCAUCACCACCACCACCAUCCGUACCAUCACCCGAGCCACUCGCAGUACCCGAGCCAGAUGUACGAGCUGUCGCACUCGCCGACCGCGACGACGACCGUCGGACGGUCUCCCGUAGCGCAUUCGCCGCCCGAGCUCGCGGCCGUGGCUGCUGCGGCGGCGGCUGUGGCCUCCAGCGCGGUGCACUAUCCGAUCCAGCAGCAGUACCCGCCGCAAUCGGCGAUCGGAUCGUCGGCGGUCUAUCCCGCCGUGGCGGCCACGACCUCCAGCGGCAGCACCGCCACGACGAGCGACGCCCUGGGAGACACGAGCAGUACCUCGACCGGUAGUCCGCCUCUCACGGCGUCCGCUUAUUACUCACAGCAGCAGCAGCAGCAACAGCCACAAGCACAGGUGACGCAAUCGAAUUCGAUGCCGCUGACGAACGAAGAUGGCACAGCCAUCAUAUCGACGGAAAACGGUUUGUGCUACACAAAUUUGGAUUACGCGUCGACUUCGUCGUCGGGCUUUGCAUCAGCUUGCGAUCAGCAGCAACAGCAACAGCACACGUCAAACUACCAACAAGUGGUUUACCUACAGGAUCAGCGGUAUCGGCAUUCGGCUGCGGCGACUUUGCAGCAUCAGCAUCACAUGGCUAGCACAGCUAGCGGUGCAAAUUGCAACAGCAGUCAGCCGGAUCAAAUGCCUCAGCCGCAGCAGCAGCAGCAGCAGCCUCGUCAGCUGCAUCAAUCUAGUCACGAAUCGAACGAUUACCCAUUAGUCCAGACGUACAAUAAUUUGCACCAGUUAUCGCCGCGCGAGGAUCAUCCGACGACCCAUUACGGCUCGCUGGUGAGGCACGCGAACUACGGCUCGCAGCAGCAGCAGCAGCUCUUGACGAGCCACACGCCCCCGCAACAGUUCAAGGAAGAGAUCUCGGAGCACACGAGUCUGUCGGCGUAUCAUGGCCAAACGAAUCCAAUGAUACCGCAGCGCGUGUCGAUGCACCAUCAUCAUCAUCUUCCUGGAUCGGUAGUAGCGGCCGAGGCUCACGGCUCUGGGGGCUCGACGCAGCAUCCGACUCGUCAGCCGAGUCAUCCCACCUACAAAUGGAUGCAAGUCAAGAGGAACGUGCCCAAACCAGCAGCUCCAAAAAAUAAUCCAAUUUUGGGAGACUACAAUAUUCCGGCGCUGCAACUCGGAAAUAUAAGCCAGGUUUAUUCCUCGUCUACACCCAACAAUUCUUGCAAUAUGCCAGCCUCGAACUCUGGUGUGGCAACAUCGGCAGCGUCGAACGGUUUAUCGCUAAAUAUAACUGCGGCAGCGGUGGGUUCACCCGCUGCGUACAACAACAAUACUGGGAGAACCAACUUCACCAACAAACAAUUGACGGAGCUCGAAAAGGAAUUUCACUUCAACAAGUACCUGACGCGAGCCCGUCGCAUUGAAAUCGCCUCGGCCCUGGCGCUGAACGAGACACAGGUGAAAAUUUGGUUCCAGAAUCGCCGAAUGAAACAGAAAAAGCGCAUGAAAGAGGGUCUGGUGUCCCCGACAGCGCCAAUGGCGCCAGACUCGUUGGCAAACCACACAGCAAGAAGCACGAGCAACUCGCCAACGAGUUCCGGCGGUGCCGCUAUAGACGGAUGCAUGCAAGUCAUAAACGGAUUCACAUCGGAAAACAGCACAGAAUCGCUUUCGACAAAAGAAUAGCACAUUUAGAUGAGUCACGGUGUUAGUGUAAAUUGGAGUUAAAUGUUGGAUUGGAAAAACAUGAAGUGUGAAGCUCUGUCAACGCUUUCAUGCACGUUUAAAAUAAUUUGAAACGAUUGAAAUUAAAUAGUGUAUGUCUAAUAAUACGAUAGUGUAAUAUUUAUGAUAACAUAGCUGAUGGCCAAAAGUUCUUAUGUAUAAAUAUAUAAAUAUAUAAUAUAUUAUGUAAUGAUAUGUGUGGAAAAAGUAUAGGAACACUCAUGAAUCAUUCGAAGGCGAUUGAUGAUCAAUCAGCAGUCAUUUUACACACAAAGUUAAUUGUACAUUUUUUAAAUAGUAGAUCACACUAUAAUUUGUUGCAGGGUUAUAAUAUACUUGUAAUUAAUGUACUUCUUGGGAAAUGAAGAAAAAAAUUCAAUAAUAUGUAUUGUUUCCAGCGCCAAUUAAAUUGGAAAAUCUACUUUCACUUCACAAAAGUUAUUAAUAAUAUGCUACUAAAUUUUCAAUUGUAA